AUGUGCUUGGAAUUAAGGAGCAAAGACACUAUCUGCAUGUUUAGGAAUGUUCAAAUAGAGUUUGUCAAGAAGGCUAUUUGUAGGGUCUCUGUUGUUGCUAAAGAGGGGCCAGUGGCAUGCAUGAAGGUUAAAGAGGAAAUACUAGUGAAUGACACAAUUCUUUGUGUUUUGUACGAUGUCCACUUCGAUCGGUCCACGCAGGAGGUUUGUUGUGAGUGCAAUCUAUUUGAGAGUUUAGGAGUGCUAUGCUGUCAUUGUCUUGAAGUCUUCCAAGCUUACAAGGUGUAUAAAGUACCUAAUCGAUAUGUUCUCCCUCGUUGGAGCAAGAACAUAAAGCGCAAGCAUACUUAUGUCAAGAGUAGUCACGACGUCAGUCGGUCGGAUGAGAGUCAUGUUGCAUUCAAGGGACUAUGUGCACACUUCUACAACAUUGCUCAGGAUUUUGUAAACGACGACGAAGAAAUAGCCUUGCUUCAUGCUGCUCUAGAAGAAACAAGAGCUAAGUUGACUGCUCACCGUGCCAAGAAGAGGUCUGAGAGUGUGGCGGACUCCCACAACAAUAUUGGCUCAACAAGUUCAAACGUUGCCACUGUGAUGGACAUCCAAGCCCCAUCGAAGGUCAACACAAAGGGUCAGCCAAAGAGUAAGAGGCUCAGUGUUGCCCUGGAGAAGUCAUUUAAAAAAUCUGCUCGGAGGAGAAACAAGCAUGACCCCCCAGUGAUUUGUCCGGAGCCAACUCAAGAUGUAAGAUUCGGUGGUGUUGUAGGCCAGGUUGAUCCCGAACAAGUUGGUGGCUUCAUGUCUUUGUUAAGCUCCUUUAGCAAAAGUUAA